AAUGUUCUCUCCUCAGCAAACUUUCUCCUUCAAAUGUAGUGCGAACAUUGAAUGGACUGAAACAUCAAUCUCCAUUACAGACGGAAAGAUCAAGCUCCUUUACAGACGAAAAGCGUAGGACAAGAACGAAGGAACGGAAUCGGAAAAUCGGUUUUUCUUUUGAUAACCGGAGGUUUGGCUGUGCGGAGAUUGGUUUUCCUCGAUUCAGAUGACCGCGACUUACAGUCCGGGGAGCUCGAGGCUGCAGGUGGUAGGCAGUGGUCUGUCACGGCUUAGAUCUUCGUCUGUGAAGAAGCCGCCUGAGCCGUUGCGAAGAGCUGUGGCUGAUUGCCUGUCGUCUGCCUCGGCGUCUGGACCGAGCUCGUUUCACCAUGGGAGCUCCUCCACGCUGCUAUCUGAAGCUUCAAGGACUCUUCGGGAUUAUCUGGCGUCACCUACAACAAUUGACCUGGCCUAUGAUGUUAUUCUAGAGCAUACAAUUGCAGAGAGGGAGCGCAGCCCAGCUGUAGUUGGAAGAUGUGUGGCACUUCUGAAGCGGUAUCUUUUACGAUAUAAGCCCAGUGAGGAGACAUUACUGCAUAUAGAUCGAUUUUGUCUUAUCAUAAUUGCCGAGUGUGAUAUUAACCCAAGUCGAAGACUGUCACCAUGGUCUCGAUCAUUGAAUCAACAUUCUGGUUCGUCAACAGCAUCUGCAAACCCUUCUCCUUCUUUGCCCGUAUCAAGUUUUGCUUGUGUGGCACUUGUUAAGUCCUUGAAUUAUGUUCGUUCUCUAGUGGCUCAACAUUUCCCAAAGCGGUCAUUCCAACCACCAGCUUUUGCUGGAGCUACAUUUGCAUCAAGACAGUCACUUCCAACAUUGUCAUCUUUGUUAAGUAGGUCCUUCAAUUCCCAGCUGUGCCCUAUAAAUGGAGAAUCUUCAGAAAAGAAAGAGACUGCAACUUUAUCUGUCUCAAACUUAUCAAAUAUUGAGGAACUUGAAGGAUUGCAAAACCCGGAGUACCUUGCGUUUGAUGUUCUAAAAUGGCGCUGGCUAGGGGAACAUCAAUUAUCAUCAUCGUUUUCUGAGAGUGAUCGUGCUGUGAACAUCCAAGAUGUGAGAACACCCAAUUUCCUAGAAGUGGGAGCAGCAGCUCUACUUGUUGGAGAUAUGGAUGCUAGAAUGAAGGGCAACCAUUGGAAAUAUUAUGGCACCACUGAUUUUCCUUAUCUUGAUCAGCUGUUACAGCCUGCUUCAGUCACAACAGUUACUAAUUCUGCCUCUGCCCGUUCUCACUUGAGAGAAGUAACAGCAUUAAAACGCACUAAAGCUGGACCUCAUCAUAUUUGGGAUGAGCCUCCAAUGAGCACAUUCCGCCCACGAGCACGGCCUCUCUUCCAAUACCGUCACUACGGUGAACAACAACCUUUGCGAUUAAACUCUGCUGAAGUAUCUGAGGUUAUAGCUGCAGUUUGCUCUGAGACAUCUUCUCUGGAUGCUAAUAUUAUGACAGUCUCACCUGGAUUAAGUAAUAACAGUGGAAAGCCAUCAAUGGAUGUGGCUGUGAGCGUCCUUGUUAAGCUUGUUAUUGACACGUAUGUCUUGGAUUCUGGAACUGCUGCUCCACUAAUCCUCUCUAUGCUUGAGGAAAUGCUGAAGUCUCCAAAAGCAGCUUGUAGAAUGCGUGCUUUUGAUUUAAUUCUGAACCUUGGGGUCCAUGGUCAGUUGUUGGAGCCGAUGCUAAGUGAUGAUACUACUACAAUUGAAGAAGAGUAUUCUGAAGAAUUGAUUUUGAACUGUGAGGACAAACUCACAGCAGAAGGGAUAAGAAAAAUAGAUUCAGUGAAGGUGGCGGAAUCUUUCUCAGCUAUUGACAAAUUUGAAUCUUGGAUCUUAAGCAUUUUAUUUGAAGUACUUCUUCUUCUAGUUCAGAUGGAAGAGAAGGAAGAAUCUAUCUGGGCUUCUGCUCUAAGCUGUUUACUAUAUUUUGUCUGUGAUAGAGGCAAAAUCAGGAGAAAUCGUUUAAAAGGUCUUGACAUAAGGGUUGUCAAGGCACUUGUUCAGGUUAGCAUGGCAAAUUCUUGGGCAGAAGUUGUUAAAUGCAAGCUUAUUGGCAUCCUGACAAACAUGUUUUAUGAGGUUCCUGAUGAACCUGGUAUUCAACCCUCAAGCACCCCAAAUUUUCUUGUAGACCAGGUUGAUCUAAUUGGAGGAAUUGAGUUUAUUCUCACUGAGUAUUCACUGGCAAACACAAGGGAUGAAAGAAGAAAUCUAUACUCGGUGCUUUUUGACUAUGUUUUGCAUCAAAUAACUGAAGCUUGUGCAUCUACUGGAGUUUUUGAAUAUAAUGAUGAUGAUAUACGACCUCUUGCAACCUUGCUCAAUUUGGCUGCUGCACCUGAGGCGUUUUACAUUUCUGUUAAGCUUGGAGUGCAAGGUAUUGGGGAGCUUUUGAGAAGAACAAUUUCUGCUGCAUUGGCUAUGUAUCCUAACAGUGAACGCCUAAAUAUGCUGUUGGAGAGCAUGACAGAGAAAUUUGAUGCAAUAAUAAGUUCUUUUACAAAUUUAGAUGGAGAGUUCUUGCAACUGAAACAGAUGUCCAAGUCUUACAAAUCUAUGGAUGGCAUUCAGGGCAUGGCUCACAGUGCUCACAGUGAUAUCAACAUGAAAUUGAAGCUCUCAUGGGCAACCCUACAUUCUCUUCUGCAUUCAGAAAGAAUGGCUUAUCGUCAGAAUGGGUAUAUCUGGUUAGGGGAUCUGCUUAUUGCAGAAAUAAGUGGGGCUGGGAAUGGGAAUAUAUUGUCUAACAUAGAAAGCUUGUCAGAUAAAAUUGCUCAUACUGGUGUUCAUGAUGGUUCAAUAGCUUCUGAUGUGCCUCUCUCUAUUUCACUACUUUGUGGGCUUCUGAAGUCAAAAAACAGCUCCGUUCGGUGGGGUUUCUUGUUCAUUCUCGAGAGGCUUCUUGUGCAAUGCAAAUUUUUGUUAGAUGAGAGUGAAAUACAAUGUUUAACCAACAGUAAAGCUGGCCAUGAUAGAGAUACUCAACUUGAGAAAGCAAAUGUAGUGAUUGAGAUUAUGAGCAAGGCUCUCUCCUUGUUGGCCCACAUAAAUGAAACAGACCACAUAAAUAUUUUGAAGAUGUGUGACAUUCUAUUCUCUCAAUUGUUCUUGAAAGUUCCCCUUUCAAGUGCAAUUUCCUUUGGGGAUGCGAUACAACCGAGUAAAGUUUUGAACGGCACUGAUGAAAAUAGGAAAAUAAAUGCAACUGGGCAUGUUUCUCAACAAGAGAGUCAUCACUGGGAUGAAUGUACGGAUGAAACAGAUAGCAAAUUAGGCUAUGGUUUUAAUAGUCCUCAGAUGUGCCAGACAGCUUCGUUGGCUGCGCUGUUCCUUCAAAGACAUGCUGUUGUUCCCAUGCAAUUAGUUGCCCGUGUUCCAGCUGCUUUAUUUUAUUGGCCUUUAAUUCAACUUGCUGGUGCAGCAACAGACAAUAUUGCUUUGGGUGUUGCUGUUGGAAGCAAAGGAAGAGGGAACAUACCAGGUGCCACUUCAGAUAUUAGGGCUGCCCUUCUAUUGCUUUUAAUUGGUAAAUGCACUGCAGAUCCUUCUGCUUUCCAAGAUGAUGUUGGGGGGGAACCUUUUUUCAGGCUUUUUUUCAGGCAACUUCUAGAUGAUACUGAUUCAAGAGUAGCAUAUUACUCUUCAGCUUUUCUUUUAAAGAGAAUGAUGACUGUAAACCCAGAGAAGUAUCAAUAUAUGUUACAAAAGCUUGUUUUUAGAGCUCAGCAGAUCAACAAUGAAAAGCUGCUUGAGAAUCCAUACCUUCAGAUGUGUGGGAUACUUCAGCUGUCAAAUGAUCUUUAAGCUUGAUUGAAUUGAUGACUCCACCAAGUUAACUUCCAUGUUCUGAGAUACCGCAGCCAGUCUUCUGCAGCUUGAGGUUCCUUGCCCUUGAUGCUUGUGAUUUUUCAAUCCACACAACUUAUAGCCUGAUUCUGGAAGCCAAAUUUCACUAUCUAUUCUUUGUGCCUGCACAAAAUAAUCUUGAAUUGAAUCUGGUUCUCAAGAGUAUCUGUGUGGCAAUAGUUUUAUUUAACUUAAACAAGUGUUUCAGAUUCCAAGCCUUCCAAAAUUAGAAACGGGGUUAAAAGGUAUGAGCUCAGAAUUGGAUGAAGCUGGCAAAGUCCUUCUGUAAACAGAUCAGCCAUCAAUGCCUCUCAGUUUUUUGAACUGAAAAAGGGGGUAAAGUUAGUGCCAGAAAAAUAUUUUGGAGUAACUGGAGUUAUUGAUUCAUCUGCCUUUGUUUCUCUGGGUGCUACAAGCUAAGACAUUAAAUAUAUCUUCAGUGAAACAGUUAGUCUUGUUCACAUGUACGCAGAAGAAUUUGUGGGCAGUGGCAUCAGACUCAUUUGUUUGUACAGAAUCGAAUUUUCUCACAGCCUUGCUUCUAGUUUGUGUAAUUCAUGAGGGCUAGUCAUUAUUGGCUAUUUAUUUUUUCUUUGAAGGCCAUCUAUUAGUAAUAAAAUCCUCUCAAGUUUAACUCGUAAGAGGCUAGUUACCUUGAUUGGAAUGAAGAACAGACUGGGGAUCCUGUAUUUUUGACAGGUGGGACCUGAAGUCACAGAAAAAGGUGGUUUUGGAAUCCCAGUGUUGGGGCAUCACCUUGGGUGUCUGUUUUUUAGGGACUUCUCCAAAGUGUGCCAUUUUUUUUUUUUUUUUUUGGCUGCUGCAUUUUCUUCUAAUCAAUUUUGACCGUGUAAAUGUACAAGUUUGACGUCUUUUUCUUAGCCACUUUGCACUGAUUGUAAUUGUUGUGAAAUGGCUGUUUAUGGAUAUGCUUGAUGUACAACUUUUGAGUGCUUGAUUUCUUAAAUCUCCGAUGUUAACUUUUAACAUUUCAAUUAAAAAAUCAAUUUGUUA